UGUGGAUUUUUUAACAGCUAUCAUCAAGCGACCAUGUUUGAAAAUGACAGGCAUUUUUCCCAUCUUUCUUCUUUGGAGAGAGAAAUGACAUUUAGGACAGAAAUGGGUCUAUAUUACUUUUAUUAUAAAGCUCUGACAGAAGCUCCAUCAUUUUUAGAAGGAAUGCAUGCAAUCAGGAACGAUAAUCUCACAGAAUAUCCUUCUGUUAUAAAUACUUUAGAGCGAUUUACAUUAUAUCCUGAAGUAGUAUUAGCUGCCAGUUAUAGAAAUAUAAUAGCUAUAGCUAAUUUUUUUAAUGUGAGUCUUAAAGAAUGCUGGCAAGUUCUGAGAGGUGAUGAUCUUCCACCCAUUGAAAGUUGUGAAG